AUGACUGCCGUCGCGAGCCCUCCUAGCUUUCAGCAACUCAAUCGACCGGCAUGGAACGUUAAUGGCGGGCAAAGUCUGAAUUCAAUGAAUCCGGAAGACGUCAGAGGCAUGUUCAUGCCGCGAAAAACGCUCCAACGAAGCAACUCAUCUUCAUCCGUAUCAUCCACUUCAUCAAACUCGUCUACCACUACGGUUGCUACAAAUAACUCUCAGCCAAAUGGAACCCCGGCGUCCACCAACUCCGACAUGAGCUCCUGGAGCACCGCGUCGAGAAAGCGGCCUCAACCCAAGGGGCCUUGGCCUUCCGGCAAACCUGAAGGACAAGGCGAAUUCGGCAGGCCGGUCAUGCGAUCUCCGAUGAAUGGCGUCAAUGGCGUCACGUCAUUGCAGGCAGCGCCAGGACAGCCGCAGAUGAUGUCGCAGCAAGGACUCGGGGCGAGGCCCUUGGGUGAUCCUAUGCCAAACAGCCAGCCCGUGCUUUACCUGCUGUCAUUGAACGGUACAUUUGAGCGAAAGACCAUUUCGGUUCCCUUCUAUCCUGAGAGCCUCCGCAUCGGCCGCCAAACAAACCAAAAGACCAUCCCGACUGCCACCAACGGCUAUUUUGAUAGCAAGGUACUCUCCAGGCAGCAUGCGGAAAUCUGGGCAGACCGUAUGGGCAAAAUUUACAUUAGGGAUGUCAAAUCCUCCAACGGUACAUUCGUCAAUGGCUCGCGCCUUUCGCAGGAAAACCGUGAAUCCGAACCGCACGAGCUGCAGACCGGAGAUCACCUCGAGUUGGGUAUCGACAUCGUGAGCGAAGACCAAAAGACUGUUGUACACCACAAAGUUGCCGCCAAGGUUGAGCAUGCUGGGUUUAUGAGCCCCUCCAGCAACGUCAUGGAUAUGAGCUUUGGUGAUUUGGACCCCGCCAACGGUGGCAUGAUGAUGCCGUCCCCUAGUCCUAUGUCAUACCGCGGUAGGGCAGGUAGCAACGCAUCCAUGGCCAGCAAUAAUCGUAUGAUGGCGCCUCAGCAGAUGGGUGGCAUGCCGGCAAAUGGCGGAGCGGCUCGAGGAUUCCUGCUAACCCCCAUCACUACCGAGCACAUAGUGAAAAGGUUACACAACGAGAUGCGAAGCGCGCGGCUACAAUCUCAGGAUCUCACUCGGACCGGCCAGUUUAUUAGUGCACUUCUUACCAAAGAUGAUGUUAAGGACCUUGAAAAGCCAGAGGCGCCAGAACCCCAUAAACAACUACCCAAUGGCAACGGCAUGCCAUUCCGUCCAGAUGGGAAAACCAGAUUCUCCGAUCCACCCGCACCUCCCCCUCAGCAGCCUCUUCCCGAGAAACCCGAUGUGCCAUCGCUGAAGCGUGGCACUACUGAACGACCAAAGGCACACUCAACGGCGAACAACACUUCGCCAGUCGGACGCGAUAAUCUACACCAAAUCAUUCAGCUGACUGAAGCACUAAAUAAUGCAAAGAAAGAUUUGGAUACUCAGACUGCUCGCAUUCGCGAUUUGGAAGACAUGCUCCGCAAGGAACGUGAAGCGCGUGAGCUUGCCGAAGACAUGGCUAAGAUUCUUGAAGACAGCGCCAUUGUGAAAGAAACAAACGGUGCGCCAAAGGAGCAGGAUACCGAAGCGAUCCUUGAGGAAACUUUUGAGGCACCAAAUGAAGCCUCAGAUUCCCAUGACGUUGAAAUGGUGGAUGCUGAACCCGCUGCCAAAGAGCUGGCACCGGAAAGCGCUGAGGAAAUAGCCGCCAGGUUCCAGACAAAGAUCGACACCAUGAUGUCAGAAAUGAGUGAACUCAAACAGCAGAUGGAGGCUUGGAAGCAGAGGUGCGAGAAGGCCGAAACAGAACGAGACGCGGAUCGCAAGACCUUGGCCGAAAUGGUGCUGAAGAUUCGCGAAGACGAGGAGGCUCGGCAGGCUGCAGCUGAACAAAAAGCGCGCUCACGCUCCCGCGGACGACGCAACGGCAGUGCAGAGCCCGACGCCAAAGCAACAUCCGUCGUACAGGCCGACGCGUCUGAAGAUUCAACACCUGUAGCCACGCAGGCCGAGGCCUCCACGGAGGAUCUCAGCGACAAGCCUACACUGUCGCGCGCCAACACUAUCACACCACUUACCCAACCGCCAGGCAAGCUGGCCAAGGACCAGGCAUUGAUGGCUGGAGUCCCUUAUGCAUCUAUGCUGGGUGUAGUGAUUAUAGGCAUGGGCCUGAUGGCGUACAUCAACGGCUGGCAACCCGAGCCGACCCCUAGACGGUGA